AUGGAGAACUCAUCGACCCCUCUCGCCGAUUAUUUCUGGAUCGCCGGCGUAGAGUCGGUGUCCUACCACGAUCCCAACUCCCAGCCCGCCCCCGUUGUUGUUCCCGUCGAGUCUACCAUUGUCGAGGAUGGCGAGUCUGAGGAUGAAGAUACAAACGGCGACCAACCAAAAGCAAAAGCACGGCACUCACGCCAGGGCUCCGCCAACCGUCUCUCUCGGAUAUCUCUCACCGACCGUUUCUCCAUACAUACUCUCGACGAGACAGACGGCAAUACCAAAAGCAACCGCAGCAGCGCCACCAUUCGUGCUAUAAACCCCCCUAAUUUUGGCAAUACCAAUGGUAAUGGUAAUGGCCACAGCAGUACCAAUGGCCAAAAUGCCGGCCCCAGCGGCAUCCUUGGUGAGGGCUCCAUGCUGAUGGGCGACUUCGACUUUGAUAAGGCUCUGGUCAAAUUUGCCGCUGAGAGAGAGGUAUUUCUCGAGGACCUGUCAUUCAGUGCGGGCGCAAAAGUGCAAGCUCGUGCACCAAUGGUGAAUCCUCGGGCAGAGAGGAUCAAGGCAGAGGAAAGCGACAGCGGUAGACUGAGUCCUCUCAGGAGCAUUAAGGGUAGCAUCCGCCGCAAGAUGAGCUUUAGGGAUAUGAACAGUGUGCGCAAGCAACCCAGCAACAGGAUCAGCACCAGUCGCGCAGCCUCGAUCCGAACCACGAGACGACUCAGCAAUUACAACUCCGUAAUCCCUCCCCCCGAACCCCUUAACACCGACCCCGAUAUGCAUCCUCUCAAACGACGCUUUGAACCGGUCCUUCUUGACCGAUAUCCUCCUCAGGAGGCUACAGAUGAGAUUGCUCGACGUGGGAAAUUUCCUGACUAUGUGCCCAUGUUUGCUUUUCCCAACGACAUUCAGAUUGUUUCGUCCGAUGACCGACCUCGAUCUACAUGGCAUGGGUUUACUAUGACCUCGGACGAUAACUCCAAGCUAUACGGCAUAACUAUUAUCAUCUGGACUGCUCUCAAUGCCGAGGUGGCAGAGGAAGUGGAAAAGAAGUGCGAGCAAUGGCGCCAAAGUCACAUGUCUGAAGAAGAGCGAGAGCUGGCAGCUAGCUUGGGAGUUCGCUUGGCUGGUGAACGCACCCAUCUUUCACAACUCCUUGCAAAACUCCCUACAAUCCCGUCAGGCUCUCCAGCACGUGAGAGGCUCGAAGAUGAAAUUAGCACUGUGGAAGAAAAGAUCACCCUCAUGACGGACAUGCUUAGGCCCCUGAGACAUGGAGCCGCGUCUAAGAUCGAGGGUCUCACUGCUGGCGAGAGCGGACUCUGGACGCCUCGCGCAUAUGGUAUCUUGGGCCGAGACGCAGCCAAUAUGUCCUUCUGGAAAGAGUGGCUUAAGGCUAUCGUUACCCCCAUGACAGAUGGGGGUGUCCUAAGAAUUCCCCCAAGCUCACCCAGCGUGGGACGCUGGCAACCUCUUGAGCGAUAUGUCGUAAACCUAUGCACCGAGGCAUUCAAUCCCCUAGGAUCCAAGACUCAGGUUGAACUAGGAGUGCGCGAAUUGCGACUUUAUGCUCGGAAGGAGGCAGACAAUGAGAUCCCUGGUUCGCGAUCCAUCGAUCUCUAUGCCCUCUUCCGUUGCUUGUCACUUGAGAACAUUGUCGCUCUGUUCGAGUAUGCUAUGGCCGAGUCCCGAAUCAUCUUCCUCUCCUCUCACACCAGCAUGUUGCACCUCGCCUGCCAUGCACUAGCAAACCUGCUAUACCCCCUGAAAUGGUCAAGUAUUUUCAUUCCCGUCCUCCCUGCGCGACUUCUGUCGGCUCUCGAAGCGCCUUGCCCAUAUAUCGUCGGCAUUGAGCGACGUUACGAUAGAAUUGAACUCCCCGAGGACGAUUAUGUGCUCGUUGACUUGGACAAGGAUACUAUUGAUGCUACAUCACAACCCGUUCGACUUCCUCGUCAGGCCCGAAGGAAACUCAUGUCUCUUCUGCAGGUCGCAGCGCCCCACAAACUGCGAUAUGGAGUCACAACUGGACCACCUCCUUAUGCCAUGGAAUCAUUCCCCUAUGACGCCUUCUCCACUGAGAAUGCCGCGCUUUUCAGAUCCGCGACGCCCAAGAGCACCCUAGGCAAAUGGGUGUCCCAGAGCUCCUCGGGAUUUGGCGAGCCAGACCCGCCAAAUGAGGUCCUGCCACCACUGUUCAAUGCUUUCGCUUCGGCCAAGGUGGACAACGGCAAAUCGGACAGACCCAGCACAAGCAAGUCUGGUAAAACCAGUCCUCAGUCGUCUGUAUCCCCUGUUUCGAUAAACUUCCCGCCAAUGCCCUCCACGCCAGUUUCUCGAAGCGACUCUGGCUUUGCUUUGGCGGCGACUCUUCGAGAGAAGCGCUCUGGACAUUUUGGCGAAGAAAAGAUGCGACGCAGCUCGUCCUUUGGCAUCGAUAAGCACCCGCCAUAUCACAAGCCAAACCUCCCCUUCCUCAACGGUCAUCAAGCAAACCUGUCAAUUUCAGCUAUCUCGGUGGACUCUCAGAACUCCGUUGUUGGUGGUGGUGGUAGUGGUGGUGGAUAUGGAAAUGGAUAUGCACCUUCAACCUACGCACAGUCAACGCUUGCGGCAUCAACUAUCAUGCCCAGUAUGCAGAUCCAGCCUGUCCGAAACACAGAGACAACAGUUUGGGUCGAGGGUCAUUGCUUCAACUGGAUCCCCAAGGACAACACAUCGAUCUGCAAUAUUUGCAAUGACCAUGCCGAGGGAGAUGGCAUUUACAAGUGCACAGGCUGCAAGAUCUUCUCCCACGGCAGAUGUCUCGGCCAUGCUUCGCUUGUCUGCCCGGAGGCAUUUCAUCCUGAUCGAAUCCGAGCAGCCUUUGUUCGCUGCCUUGCAAGUCUCUUGUAUACGUACCGCAAGUACCUUGGACGACCUUCAAAGCAGCAAAAAGCAAACGGCCAGCUGUAUGCCUUUGAUAUGGAUGGUUUUAUCAAAAGUCUUCCGCAUGAUCAGCACGACUAUGCUACUAUGAUGCGGGAAACACAGUGCUUCAAUGAGUUUAUUCACGACCGAGAGAUGCAGCCAGCCAAUAACGCCUCGAUUCGUGUAUUUGAUGAGAUCAUCAUGGCUAAGAAGGCCCGAGGCCGUUCCGGGUUAUCGACGGGUCUUUCCCGCCUUUCCACCAUCCGUGCAUCUCAUGGCGCCUCUACUUAUGGUGGCUAUGCCCCUCCUCGAGGCAGCUCCAACAGCAAGAUCCCUGCUUGGCUCGGUGACACGUCCGAUCAUAUCUGGCGGACUGCAUCAGUGCCGUUACCCAAAGGAAACUUUCCAGGGGAGUAUCGAACAGUCGUGACCAGAACGCCUGCACGUCUCGAUAGAUCUCUAAUGCGUGAGCCUCGUUCUAUUCAAGGCAUGCCUCGUGUAGAAGGGCGAGGUGCUCGCGGGCUCAUUCGAAAGCAAGUUCCUAGUAUGCUUGGCACAACCCCUCCGACGUGA